AACCCUGCUGCUGCCCACAGAGGCCAUGGAGAAGAGGUUGGAAGCCAAGUCCAGCAAUAGCGCCCAGUUUCUGCCCCAAAACUGCCUGGGAAAACCUGCAAGGGAGCUGAGAAGCCUGCAGCUGUUCUACCUGUGCCUGUGUGCCUUGUGCUCCUCAGCAGAUGCAAACUGGAAUAGAUCUAAAUGUGAGCCAGGGAGGGUCCUGUCUGGCCGUUUGCAGGUGUGGGAGGAUCACCACUUAGAGCUUCUGGAAGGAUUUCACACUCUUCAGUCCUGUCAAACUGCCUGCUGCCAGAAUCCCACCUGUGAUGCCUUUUGGUUCUUGGAAGAUAUGUGCAUCCAGGUGAACUGCACUGUGCCUGGCAUGUGCCAGGUGGCCAGGACUGGCUUUUCUGACUCUGUUUUGGUGUUUUUGAAGAAAUCUAAUAGCACAGAGCACUUGAAGUUGCACACUGAAGAUGAUGUGAAGACCUGGAUUCAUAAAUGGGGCAGCCCUGUCCAGAGGAAAAAAAGACUGCAGAGGUCGUUCCAGAGAUGGAGCUUGGCAGGUGACAGGUUGGAACUCCUGGAAAGGGACACAGCAGCGAGCCCCAGCACUGAGCCUGCAGCCAGGGCACCCAACAGCAAAUCCAGGAGGAGCCAAAGUGAAGCAGAGAGCUUGAAGGAGCAGGUGCUGAGGCACUUGGUGGCAGACAGGUCUGUUCCUGGUGACCAUCCACAUGAGAAGAAAGACUUCCUGAAAGAAGGACAGAGUUCAAGAGAGCAGAAACCCAAAAGCCUGCCCCCUCCUAACAGCAAUAAUGUGAACAGGUCGAGUGAUGCAGAUGGCGCUGGCUUGCCACAGAUGCACACAGGAACACCUGCACCAGAGCCAUCAGUGCUGGCUACGCUCUCCAGUCCUGCAGCCACAGGGAGGACUGAGAAGCCUGGGCAGGCAGCUGAUGCUUCGGGCCACCCUCACUCUUCAGGCGUGCUGCCCACGGCCAGCCCUGCGCCGGCGAGGAGCACGGCGAAGGUGCAGGCAGCGACCUCUGUGCCAAGUGGGAUUCCCACCAACGGCAGCGCUUCCACAGCCCAGCCCAGCCCUGCCGUGUCACCAAGCACUACUGCCGCCACACCAGUUAUGAAGGAGCUGGUUGUUUCUGCUGGGGACAGCGUGGAAGUGACCCUGCCAAAGAAUGAAGUGCAGCUGAAUGCUUUUGUGCUUCCUGAGCCACCACCUCGAACCACUUAUUCCUAUGAGUGGGAAUUGAUUACUCAUCCAAAAGACUACAGUGGAGAGAUGGAAGGGAAGCACUCCCAGACCCUUAAGUUAUCUAAGCUCACUGUGGGUCUGUAUGAGUUCAAGGUCGUGGUGGAUGGGGAGAACGCGCGUGGAGAGGGCUACGUGAAUGUAACGGUGAAUCCAAAGCCACGGGUGAAUCGGCCUCCUGUUGCCAUCGUGUCCCCACAGUUCCAGGAGAUUUCACUGCCAACCAUCUCAACUGUUAUUGAUGGCAGCCAGAGCACUGAUGAUGAUAAAAUUGUCAGCUAUCACUGGGAGGAGCUGAGAGGCCCUCUGCGGGAGGAGAAGGUUUCCAGCGAUACUGCCAUACUGACACUGACCAACCUGGUACCUGGCAAUUACACAUUCAGUCUAACAGUAGUGGACUCAGAUGGUGCCAGCAACUCCACCACUGCAAACCUGACAGUGAACAAAGCAGUGGAUUACCCUCCAGUGGCAAAUGCAGGCCCAAACCAGGUGAUCACCCUGCCCCAGAACUCCAUCACUCUCUACGGGAACCAGAGCACCGACGACCACAGCAUUGUCAGCUACGAGUGGCUGCUCAGCCCCAACAGCAAAGGGAAGGUGAUGGAGAUGCAGGGGGUGAGGACACCAGUCCUGCAGCUCUCUGCAAUGCAAGAAGGGGAUUACACUUACCAGCUGAUAGUGACUGAUUCUGCUGGGCACCAGUCCACUGCAGAGGUCACUGUGAUAGUCCAGCCAGAGAACAAUAAGCCCCCAAAGGCAGAUGCUGGUCCAGAUAAAGAAUUAACUCUUCCUGUGGACAGCACCACUCUAGAUGGCAGCAAGAGCUCAGAUGACCAGAAGAUUGUCUCCUUUCUCUGGGAGAAAACACGGGGCCCAGAUGGUGUCAAGCUGGAGAAUGCCAACAGCAGCAUUGCCACUGUAACAGGCCUGCAGGUUGGGACCUACGAGUUUACUCUGACAGUUAAAGAUGAGAGGAACUUGCAGAGCCAAAGCUCUGUCAACGUCAUUGUCAAAGAAGAGAUCAACAAGCCGCCGGUUGCGAAGAUCGCUGGCAACGUCGUCAUCACCUUGCCCACAAACACAGCAGAGCUGGAUGGAUCCAAGUCCUCUGAUGACAAGGGAAUUGUCAGCUACCUGUGGACCCGGGAUGAGGGCAGCCCUGCAGCUGGGGAGGUCUUAAAUAAUUCAGACCAUCACCCAGUCCUCCUCCUGUCCAACCUAGUAGAAGGGACCUACACAUUUCACCUCAGAGUGACAGAUGCUAAAGGAGAGAGUGACGUGGAAAGGAGCACGGUGGAAGUCAAACCUGAUCCCAGGAAAAAUAACCUUGUGGAGAUCAUUCUGGAUGUUAAUGUCAGCCAGCUGACUGAGAGGCAGAAGGGCAUGUUCAUCCGGCAGAUCGGCGUCCUGCUGGGGGUCCUCGACUCAGACAUUACUGUGCAGAAGAUCCAGCCCUACACUGAGCAAAGCACGAAGAUGGUGUUUUUUGUGCAGAAUCAGCCUCCCCAUCAGAUAUUCAAAGGGCGAGAGGUAGCCUGGACGCUGAAAAAUGAGCUGCGGAAGCAGCAGUCAGACUUCCUCAUCUUCCGGGCACUGGAGAUCAACACAGUCACCUGUCAGCUGAACUGCUCCGAGCACGGCCGCUGCGACUCCUUCACCAAGCGUUGCGUCUGUGACCCUUUCUGGAUGGAGAACUUCCUCAGGGUGCAGAUGGGGGAUGGAGAGAGCAACUGUGAGUGGAGUGUGCUGUAUGUGAUCAUUGCGUCCUUCGUCAUCGUGGUUGCCCUUGGGAUCUUCUCCUGGAUGGUGAUCUGCUGUUGCAAGAGACGAAAAGGGAAAUCCAAGAGGAAAAGCAAAUACAAGAUUCUGGAUGCAACAGAUCAAGAAAGCCUGGAGCUAAAACCAAAUCCCAAAGCAGGGGGCAGACAGAAAUCCCAGGUCCUCAACACUAGCCUGAUGCAUUCAGAGUCUGAGCUGGACAGCGAUGAAGCCAUCUUCACGUGGCCUGACCGUGAGAAAGGGAAGCUGCUCCGCAGCCAGAACGGCUCCGUGCGCAACGGACAAGUGAUGCUCAAACCCAAGAACCAGAGGGAGGAGAUCCUCUAGGACCCCUCAGGUGGCCAUUUGCUGGAGCUCAGUGGGAAAGGCCACUCCUGCCCCUAGCCUGCCAGGGCCUUUGGUGGCCCUUUUGAUGAGGACAACGCUGCUAACUCGUUUCACAGAAAAUAACUUUUCUUUUUGUGGGUUUCUUUUCAUUCAGUUAAAACUGGUUGUACUUGAAUUUGACCUUCAAGGGAAAUCAAAGGGAGGAGAAGGCAGCUGUGAAGCCCAGGCCAGGUGUCAUAGAGAAGACAGCUGGCAUCUGGAGAGCAGCAGGACAGAACCACUUGAAGCAACUGUGAAUGCCCAGGACCCUCCUAGCCCACCUCAGACUGCAGUGGAGGAAACACCAAUGGACUUCCAGCUCAGUUGCCCUGGGCACUCCUUGGAGAAGGAAGGUCCAGGCUGUGCUUUGAGUUGUGCUCUGAGCUCCCUUCAGACUCCAGUAGCCUACCACAGGCUGCUUUCUUCUGUCCAACAGCUUUCUCCUCUUUUCCUCCCACCUUCCCUAAUAGUUUAAGCACUAUUUUAAUUUAGGCUUGUCCUCUCACAUGCACUUGGCUGUGUUUGGAGUGUAGGGGAGGGGGGGAUCUAAACACUCUGGUCACACUCCAUCAGCUUGCAGGUAGGAAAGGGGUUUGUAGCUCUUCUGAAUUACUGUCAGGCUUCUCUGACUGGGAGUGUUGAUGACACGAUGCCCAUUCACACCUGAGAAGCUGAUCUGGCUGGGCUAGGAGACCUCUCCUGCAGCAGGCUCUCCCACUGGGUACCAGAGCUGGGAGGGGACACCCACCUUUGGUACCUUUUUUUUGUCUAAAGUCUGGCUCAAUCCAAAGCUGUGAGAUGUUGUCCAGUGUCCCCAGCACUUUGUUGGUCACCAAGCCGUCCGUGAGCCUGGACACUGACCCCGUCUCAGUUCUCAAACGCUAGAUCCUGUGGUUUGUUGGGGUCUUGGGGAGGGGGAGGUUGGGUUCUGGUUUGUGGGUUUG